CUAGCUAGCUCCACUGUCUAGCUAAUGGGAGGUUUGGACUGUAUAUGGCGUUUCCCCAACACCCAGUUUCAUUGCCAUUUGCGUCCCCUGGCCUCUCCUCCUCCAUCUUCACCAUCGCUGAGAAAAACCUUCCUUUUAUUCUCUCCUUCAUCAAACACCAAAAUCAGCAGCAACAGCAGAAAUGCUGGAACUGUUGCCUACACAGCAAACACUAGAACCAGAAGGCGUAGCAAAAAUGGCAGAGCUCUCACUCUCAGACCUCCUCUCUCCCUCCCUCAAAAUCAAAAAUCCCAACAACAGCAACAACAACAAGACGAUGAUGACGAAGAAGAAGAUGAAGAUGAAGAAGAAAAGAUAGCCCAAGGCCGUGGCCGUGGGAACUGGACAAUAGUGUUGUCGUCGAGCUUAGUGGGUCUGCUCACUGGAAUUGGUGUCGUGCUCUUUAAUUACGCUGUUCAUGAGAUACGUGAUGUGUUCUGGGAUGGGAUACCACAACGAGGAGCUUCGUGGCUCAGAGAGGAGCCAAUGGGAGAUAUGUGGAAGCGAGUGAUUCUGGUUCCAGCUUCUGGGGGUUUGAUCGUAGCCAUGUUAAAUGUGCUUCGAGGUGCUCUGGAUGAUGGUUCAGAAGAUAAUAAAAAUGGCAAUGAGCAAGGAGAGGAAGAAAAAGAAAGUUUAUUGGUGAAAAUGGGAAUGCCCAUUUCGGUUUUUCAUAGUCUCAAGGCUGCAUCGCAUCCAUUUCUCAAGGCAGUUGCUGCUGGUGUCACUCUUGGGACUGGGAAUUCAUUAGGUCCUGAAGGUCCUAGCGUUGAGAUUGGAACUUCUAUAGCAAAGGGUGUUGGUGCUGUAUUUGGUAAAAGUUCACAAAGAAGCCUCUCUCUUGUGGCUGCUGGAUCAGCUGCUGGAAUUGCUUCUGGGUUUAAUGCUGCUGUUUCUGGUUGUUUCUUUGCCGUUGAGUCAGUCCUUUGGCCAUCACCAUCAGAUUCCUCAUCUAUUUCACUAACAAAUACCACAUCUAUGGUCAUACUUAGUGCUGUGAUAGCUUCUGUAGUUACAGAAGUUGGUCUUGGCUCUGAGCCAGCCUUUAAGGUCCCAUACUAUGACUUCCGCUCACCUACAGAGCUUCCGCUAUAUCUCUUGCUGGGUGUCCUUUGCGGCUUGGUUUCGCUAACCUUAUCAAAGUGCACAUCAUACAUGUUGGGAUUUGUUGACAAUCUUCACAAGACUAUUGGCGUACCAAGAUUUUUGUUCCCUAUACUGGGUGGCUUAGCAGUCGGGCUUAUAGCAUUGGCAUAUCCUGAAAUUCUUUACUGGGGUUUUGAGAAUGUUGACAUUUUGCUGGAAUCUCGACCACUUGUGAAAGGCCUCUCAGCUGAUCUAUUGCUUCAGCUGGUAGUGGUCAAGAUAGGUGCAACCUCUUUGUGCCGGGCGUCUGGAUUGGUGGGUGGCUACUAUGCUCCAUCACUUUUUAUUGGUGCAGCAACAGGAAUGGCAUAUGGGAAAGUCAUCAGUUCUGCAGUUGCUCAGUCCAAUCCUAUACUUCAUCUCUCCAUAUUGGAAGUAGCAUCACCGCGAGCAUAUGGCCUGGUUGGAAUGGCUGCUACUCUUGCAGGAGUCUGUCAGGUACCCCUUACGUCAGUUCUGCUGCUUUUCGAAUUGACACAAGAUUAUCGAAUUGUUCUUCCGCUACUUGGAGCUGUGGGGUUAUCUUCAUGGAUCACAUCUGGACAGACAAGGAGAAAAAAAGAUAGCUGGAAGAAACUCAAUCAGGGAAAAACUAGUAGCUUUCAACAACCUGAAGUACCUUCCCCUAGUGCAAGUGGGGUAUCUUCUAGUAAUGCUUUCACUGAAAGGACGUCUAACGCAAGUGACCUUUGUGAAAUUGAAAGUUCACUCUGUAUAGAUGAUUCUAAUAUUGACACUGAAAAGUUGGAAAAGAGAAUAUUCGUUUCUGAAGCCAUGAGGACGAGAUAUGUGACUGUUUUAAUGGACACUUUGCUUACAGAAGCAGUGACUCUCAUGCUUGCAGAGAAGCAGCCCUGUGCUAUGAUAGUUGAUAAUGAUCAUAUUCUAAUUGGUUUACUGACACUUAAAGACAUUCAAGAGUACAGCAAUAAAUAUGCACAAUCAAGAAGACAGAGACCCAAGGAGCUUAUAGUAUCUGAAAUGUGUUCUUUGAAUGGGGAAGUAUGCCAAGCUCCAUGGACUGCUACACCCAGUAUGAAUCUACUUUCAGCUCAGAAUAUUAUGAAUAGGUAUGGAAUGAAUCAAAUUCCAGUAGUUACAGAGCAUGUUCAAGAUCACAGAGGGCACCUAGUUGGCCUUUUAGACAGAGAAUGUAUCAGUCUCACUUGCAGAGCUCUAGCAACCAGAGAAUCCCUUGGCUGGUAGUAACCAAUACUGGAUGGCUUGAUUUGUUGAUAAACCAGAAUACCUGACAUCAUAUUUAUCUUUCAGUCUUUAGUAAUACAGUCUCAGGACUCUCAAACUUAGCCUGGACAGAUACAACUCAGGUGAAUCUCAGAUUGCUGCCUUCGACCACCCCGUGCCACACUCAACUUAGUCUUUCGUUUGCUACUCAGCCACUGAAAAGGGCUCGAAGUCAGAAAUCUAAGAUAAGUCAGGUUGUACUGACUGGACACGUACAAAUAUACAUACAACUGAUGGAAAUACUAGUGACAAUAUUCAUGAGAAGAAAAACUAAGUCAUUGGAACAGAUACUGUCAAAAUUGGAUUUUCCCUUUUACCAAUUUGCCUUGUAAUUUAGACUUACUGGCUUUGUUCCAA